UAAUUUUCACUUUUAAAGGGGUGAUUAUGGGUUUGCAGUCUUAGGUGUUUGCUGAGGGAUUUCCUUUUUCCUGUCCCGGAGAGGCGUACCUAAUUCCCACCUGCUUCCUAAGACAACCCACACUUCCCUUCCUGGUCUAAAACCUCACUGAGUACUGACCAAUAGGUUCGGCCCGAUUUCUCUGAGGGGCGGGACCUCGUGCCUGGGCUUCGGAGACCCGCCCCCCGUACGUGGCCUGCGUGCGUGACGCCGUGCGGCGCGAGGCGGUUUCUCCAGAGUGUGGCGCCCCCCGGCGGCAGCGAGAACUCAAUGUGACAACCGGACGUGAGCGCCUGCCAUGGAGCCGCAGAAACAGGCGCGAACACCCGGGGACCCCGUCGCGUGGCCGCGUGGGCCCUCGAGGUCUCAGACGCCGGACCGCGAGGAGGGGCCGGAGGGCAACACAGCGCCCGCGGCGGCUUUUCUGGGCGCGGAGGCGGACGACGCCUGUGCGGACGCGCUGUGGGAGCUGCCGGUGGAGCCCGCCGAGCGGAGGCCCGAGUGCAGCCGCUGCAGCCGGCCUCAGAAAGUAUGUUUGUGUCCAUUUCUACCAUUGCAUCCUCUGCAUAUCUCUACUCAUUUGUACAUAAUUCAACAUCCAGCAGAGGAAAACAAAGUGUUGCGGACAGUUCCCCUUUUAGCAGCAUGCCUCCCCCAGGACAAGUGUAAAGUCAAGAUUGGUCGUCGCUUCAGUGAAGAAAGAGAUCCUGAACUUUCAACUGUUUGUCGGAAGUCUGAUACAUUAAUAUUAUAUCCAGGGGCUGAAGCUGCUAAUUUGGAAGAAUUUAUAUUAGAUUCUCCUAUUUAUCCUUCCACAAUCAUCAUCAUUGAUGGUACAUGGAGCCAGGCUAAGGACAUUUUCUAUAAGAAUUCUUUGUUUCGCCUGCCCAAACAGGUGCAGUUAAAAACUAGCGUUUCUAGUCAGUAUGUAAUUCGGACACAACCGACUAAUAGGUGCCUUUCUACCCUGGAAUGUGCAGCUGCUGCUCUUUCCAUUUUGGAGAAAAAUGAUUACAUACAGGAGACUUUGCUUCGCCCUCUUCAAGCUUUGUGCUCUUUCCAGCUGCAGCAUGGUGCUCAAAUUCGCCUCAGCAAGGAACACCUUCUGAAAAAUGGAUUAUAUCCUAAGCCAAUGCCAAAGAACAAACGCAAGCUCAGGAAAAUGGAACUGUUAAUGAACAGUGUUAAAAUUUAGUACUGUUGUUCCGUGGUGCUAGUUAUGGUGUCUUCCGCUGAUAAAACCAGGUGAAGUUUUCAGAAAAUUUAAGUCUGUGGGUUUUUGGUUGUCUAGAGUGAGAGUUGCAUGCUAAACUUGCCCAGCAGAAGAAGGAAGUCAACCAAAUAGCCAUAAAAAAGCAAACAAAAAAAAAUUUCGCUGACCCAGUAAAAACCAAGGUUUCAUACUGAGUUUGUUUAAAAAAAAAAAUGUGCCUCUAAUACAUUUUUCCAGAUCCAUAGUUUGGAAUGUGUUUGAAAUUAGUUGUUGAGCGAGGUUAGAAGGUUUUUUUGUUUUUUUGUUUUUUGUUUUUUUAUGUAAAAUGGAAAGAAAUUAUUGUACUUGAUUGGGCCAGUAUUGUUUUCAUGAAUGUUAAUAGAUAAUUAGGUGUAUAUAAUAGAGGAUACUUAUGUCAAUAUGCAAUAUUGUACAUAAACUUUAUAGUUUGAAGUAAUAAUGAUCACCAAGUAGUUUAGAUUGAAUUUAUUUUUUUGAUAGAAUAAUACAGCAGAAUAAGGGAACUAAAUAAAUUACUUAGGUAGUAAACUUGAACUCAGCUAUUAUGAUUUAAGUGUUACUAUUAAUUGCCCCAGUUUUGUUGUAUUAGGGUAUACUUGGAAUGUAAGAUUAUAUUAGUUUCAGGUGUUCACCAUAGUGAUUUGAUAUUUAUAUACAUUGCAAAAAUAAUCACUGUAUGAUAAGUCUACCUAACAUCCCUCAUACGUACUUAAAACAUUUUUUUCUUCUGAUAAGAACUUUUAAGAUAAACUUUAUUAGCAACUUUUUAAUAUAUGGUAUUUGUAAUUUUGCAGAAUUAUUAACUACAGUCACCAUGCUUUAUAGUACAUCCCCAUGUGGUAUUUAUUUUAUAACUGGAAGUUUGUGACUUUUGACCCCAUUCACCCAUUUUGCCCACCCCACAGCCACCAGCCUGUUCUCUGUAUCUGUGAGCUUGUGUUUUUUUUUUUUUUUUCCUUUCCUUUUCUUUUUUUUAAGAUUCCACAUGAGUGAUAUCAAAUGAUAAUUACCUUUCUCUAUGUGACUUAUUUCACUUACCAUUAUGCCCUCCAGGUCCAUCCCUCUUGUUGCAAAUAGCAAGAUGUCAUUCUUUUUUAUGGCUGAAUGAUAUUCCACUGUCUAUAUACACACCACAUUUUCUUUAUUCAUCCGUCGAUGUCUAUUUAGGUUAUUUCCAUGUCUUAGCUAUUGUAGAUAAUGCUGCAGUUAACACAGGUGCAUCUUUUGAAGUUAGUCUUUUUGUUUUCUUUGGAUAAAUAUUCAGAAAUGGAAUUACUGGAUCUUAUGGUAUUCUAUUUUUUACUUUUUGAGGAACCUCUAUACCUUUUUUCAUGGUGGCUGCACCAAUUUACAUUCCCACCAACAGUGCAUGAUAGUUCCCUUUUCUCCAUAUCUGUGUCCCUUUUUAUUUCUUGUCUUUUUCAUUAUAGCCGUUCAAACAGGUGUGAAGAGGCAGUUCUUUGGGGUUUUGAUUUGCAUUUCCUAAUGAUGAAUGAUAUUGAGCAUCUUCUCAUAUGCCUGAUGGCCCAUCUGUAUGUCUUCUUUAGAAAAGAGUCUGUUCACUUCCUCUGCCCAUUUUUUUGCCCCCUUUUUAUUUAAAUUGUGUGUGUGUGUGUGUGUGUGUGUGUGUAUUUGCUGUUGAGUUGUAGGAGUCCUUUAUUUUUGUUAUUAACUUCUUAUCAAUAUCUGACAUACAAAUAUUUUCUCACAUCUGGGGAUUGCCUUUUCACUUUAUUGAUGCUUUUCUUUGUUGUGCAGAAACUUUUUAGUUUGAUGUGGCCUCACUUGUUUAGUUUUGUUUUUUUUGUAUUUGCCUUUGGUGCCUGAUUUAAAAAAUCAUUGCCAAGGCUGAUGUCAAGGAGCUUACCACCUUUGUUUUCUUUCUAGUUUUAUGGAUUUCACAUUUUACACUCGUCUUUAAUCCAUGUUGAAUUAAUUUUGUGAGUGGCAUAAGAUAGCAGUCCAGUUUCAUUCUUUUGCGUGUGGCUCUUCAGUUUUCCCAACAUCAUUUAUUGGAGACUGUCCUUUUCCCAUUAAAUGUUCUUGCCUCCUUUGUUAUAGAUUAAUUGAGCAUACAUGUGUGGGUUUAUUUCUGGACUCUAUUCUGUUUGAUGGAUCUCUGUGUCUUUUUUUAUGUCAAUACCAUACUAUUUUGAUAACUAUAGCUUUGUAGUACAGUUUGAAAUCAGGGAGUAUGAUGCUUCCCCCUUUGUUUUUCUUUCUCAGGAUUGCUUUGGCUUUUGGGGUCUUUUGUGGCUCCUUACGAAUUUCAGGAUUGUUUGUUCUAUAUCUUUGAAAAAUGCCUGUGGAAUUUUGAUAUGGAUUGCAAUGAAUCUGUAGAUUGCUUUGUGUAGUAGCCCUAAUUUUGAAAAAGGUGCAUGGAAUUUUGGCACAGCACACAUUUUUAUUUUAUUCAUCAAAAAGACUUAUUGAGUGUGAUAAACUAGUCCUAUGGAAACAACUGAAAUAGAAUAUAACUAUAAUUUCAACAACAUAUUUUUCUAACUGGGGCUAUUUAAAUAUUUUUUCGUGAACAAAAACUUUCAAUUUCAGAGAGCAAAUUUUCCCCACCCUUUUGGGAAAAAUAUUUACUGACAUUUUAUAUACUAGUAGAGACAUGUAUGUAAUAUAUAUUUGUAUCUAACUUAAAUCUACUGCAGUCGUAUACCCAUAUUGGCAAGGAGAGGGGACUUUGUUUUCUUUAUUUAUGACUUCUAAGUUUUUUGUACCAGUAUCAAGUUGUAAGGAAAAACUAAAUGUGCGACCUAAAAGUAAUCUUGUUAUAAAUACAUGUGCAUGUGUGAUAUAUGAAUGGUUAUUUCUGACCAUUUUCAUUCUUAUUUAUUUAUUUUUAUUGUUGGCCUAGAUUAAGCCCUUCUUAAAAGCUUUAAUGCUAGUCAGAAUGAUAGUAAAUGUUUGGGGAAACUAUGUAGAAAAUAUUUUAAAAUAUUAAACAAAAGUUAGAUUUCUAUCCUGUAUUAUUGACUUUUUUAAAAAUUAAAACACAGUUAGGAUCAUUUAAAAAAAUGUUUAUUUAUUUUGAGAGAGUGGGGGCGGGGCAGAGGGAAGUGGAGAAAGAGAAUCCUCAGCAGGCUCCAUCCACGAUAAGCUCGAUGUGGAACUUGAUCUCAUGACUUAGAUCAUGACCUAAGCCAAAAUGAAGACUUGGUUGCUUAACCAACUGAGCUACCCACUACUAUCAAGUGACUAUCUAGGUAUAAUAGAAAAGAAAUAGUAAUAAUAAUGUAUAAUGGUCUCCUAACAAAUGGGUUAAAAUAGUCUUACAGUAAUUGUUUUCAGAUUAAAAUUAAAUUUUGCAAAUUUCUUUUAUCCACUAUUAUUGCCUUUUUAAAAAAGAUAUUCCUAUAUAUGACCCAUAUAAGUCUUUAAAUUGGAUUUUAAUUUAUAUUGAUUUUUAGAAUAAUUACUACCUUUAUCUUUUAACUACAGAAUUAGGGUAAUUUUUGAACACUUACAAAAGCUUAAAAUUUAGUAUUUUUGGAAAUGCAUAAGCAUUUUUAAAAUAAGUUUAUAUAGUUUUCCAACUUAUUUUACUAACUUCUUAAAUUACUUAAUUAAUUUUUUAUUUCUUACUGAUCUCCUGACAAGAUUAUUUCAUUUACUCCUCUCUGGUAUUCAGUGCUUCUUUAGUCACUUGCUCUCAUCAGGCAGUUUUAGAUAAAAUUUAAAACCAUUGGAGUGCCCCGGUAGCUCAGUCGGUUGAGUGUCCAACUUCAGCUCAGGUCACGAUCUCACAGUUGGUGAGUUCGAGCCCCAUAUCAGUCUCAUUGCUGUCAGCUUGCACUCUCUUUCUCUCUCAAAAAUAAAUAAAACAUUAAAAAAACAACUAUCACUAGUAGGUUUAGUUAUUAAAAAUACUUAUAAUGUGUAGUAUUAUGUGAAGAUUUUAACUGAAAAUUUGACCUGGCUUUUAAAAGUUGUUACUUUUUUGGGGGCACUUGGGUGGCUCAGUCAGUUGAGUGUGGACUCCUUAUUUUGGCUCAGGUCAUGAUCUCAUGGUUGGUGAGAUUGAGUCCCACGCAGGGCUCUGCACUGCAGUGCAGACUCCACUUUGGAUUCUCUCUCUCCCUCUCUGCCUGUUCCUCAGCUCGUGCAUAUGUGCUCUCAAAAUAAAUAAGCAUUUAAAAAAUAAAAAAAAUACAUAAAAGUUACUUUUUUAUUGUGUUAGUUGGCUUUUAAGUUCAGAUGCUUUUUAUUUGUUUGAUUUGCCUGGACUAGUUCCAUUUUUUUGUGGAUUUAUAGCUGAUAGUAGUCUUUACAUACAAACUUGAACUACACUUUGUUGUUGGGUAGAUUGUUUUGUGAAUUGUUACUUGAACUACGUAAUUUAGAAAGUAGUAUUUCUUUAUACACAAGGUGAUUGAUUAUGCAUUUAGCACAGUACGUUGUUAAAAAUCACCAUGUAAUGAGUGGUGUUAUUUUCAUUUUCUUGCAGUUGAGUAUGAAGGGUUGAGAGCUAUACUGAAUGAAGCAAGUCACAGUACUUGGCAGAUUUCCCUAGGUUAGCUUGCAAGAUUUCUCAGGUGAAAACAUGAGAGUUAUAUUAAAAAUUAUGUUCUGGGGUGUCUGGGUGGCUCAGUCAGUUAGUGUCAAUCUGUUAGUGUUAGUGUUAGUCUGAUGUCACUCGGGGCGUCCCGCUUCGGCUCAGGUCAUGAUCUCAAGGUUUGUGGGUUUGAGCCACGCAUUGGGCUCUGUGCUGACAGCUCAGAGCCUGGAGCCUGCUUCCGAUCCUGUGUCUCCCUCUCUCUCUCUCUCUGCCUUUCCUCCGUUCACGCUCUGCCUCUCUCUGUAUUUCAGAAAUGAAUAAACAUUAAAAAAAAAAAAAAAAAGAAAGAAAAAUUAUAUUCCCCCUAUUUUAAGACUUCAAACCCAACUUUCUU